AUGUCGGGCUCCCCAUGGCCAAGAGCCAUUGUUGGUAGCUUCGCCACUAUCGCUAUCGGCUACGCUAUCAUGAAAACUACCACUCCGACGGAUCAACAGUUCUACGAUGCAUUGUCACCAGAUCUCAAACGCCAAGUGGAUGCACACCGACUGGCAGCACAGCGCAAGGCGGCGUACGCUGAACAGCUCAAGAGGGCAAAGGAGCAAGACGAUUCGGCGCCUGUAUGGGCCGAGGGGGCCAAGGCGAGAGAUUCGACGCCUCCUCCGCGUAUCUAG